AUGCAACCCACUGACAUCUCAGACCCGCAGUAUUUUCACAAAGUUGUCGAUUGCCAGUACGCUUGCCCAGCGCAUACCCCGGUACCCGAAUACAUCCGCCUGAUAGCUCAGGAGCGAUACACAGAAGCCUACAUGCUGAAUUGGGAUUCCAACGUUUUCCCCGGCAUUCUAGGCCGCACCUGCGAUCGCCCCUGCGAACCCGCUUGUCGACGCGUUCGCACAGAAGAAAAACCCGUUGCCAUCUGCCGUCUCAAACGAGUUGCGGCAGACAAUAAAGGGGACAUCUCUGCUUACAUGCCACGCGUACCCACGCAGAAAAACGGCAAACGUAUCGCGUUGAUCGGUGCAGGCCCGGCUUCACUUGCCGUCGCUCGAGAUCUGCUGCCCCUGGGUUACGAGGUACACCUUUUCGAGAAGGAAAGUAAAGGUGGCGGCUUCAUGCGUAGUCAGAUCCCGGCUUUUCGACUGCCAGUUGAAGUACUGGAUGAAGAAGUUGAACAGAUUCUCGAUAUGGGGGUGGAAUGCCACUUCGGUCAUGAAAUCACCAGUAUGAAGAGCAUGCUGGAUAUGGACUUCGACGCCUAUUUUGUUGGCACCGGAGCGCCUCGUGGCAGAGACCUGGAACUCCCGGGUCGGGAUGCCGUAGAUGAUCACAUCCACAUCGGCAUUGAUUGGCUGUCGAGCGUGGCGUUUGGUCACACCACAGAGAUCAAAGGCAAAGUCAUUGUUAUGGGUGGUGGUAAUACCGCCAUGGACUGCUGUCGCACCUCUCUGCGCAUGGGCGCUGAAUCAGUGAGUGUCGUGGUCCGUUCUGCUUUCGAAGUCAUGAAAGCCUCGGAGUGGGAAAAAGAAGAUGCCAUGCGGGAGGGCAUUCCGAUCAUCAACAAUCGUCCCCCGAAAGAAUUUGUGCACGAAAACGGCAAACUGAAAGGGGUGCUGUUCGAGUGCGUGGAGCCGGUCAAAGGCGAUGACGGCCGACUCAAGUACGUCCCCAGCGGCGAGCCUGACGUCUUCAUCGAAGCUGACCAUAUUCUGAUGGCUAUCGGCCAGGACAACCACUGUCCCUGGAUUGAACGCGACCUCGGUAUGGAGUUUGAUAAAUGGGAUUGUCCGGUGCUGGACGAAGUCACCUUGCAGUCCACCCAUCCGAAAGUAUUUUUUGGUGGCGACAGCGCAUUUGGUCCGGAAAACAUCAUCUGGGCCUCAGCACAUGCACACCAGGCAGCCAUCAGCAUCCACCUUUUGUGCGAAGGCAAGGAUCUGAAGAAAGACCGGCCACCCCAGGGCGUUAAUCUCCUGUCUACGAAGAUGGGUGUUCACGAAUGGGCCUAUGAUGCUGAAUAUGAUGCAUCCGCGCGCUACGCCGUCCCUCUGGUGGAGAAACAAUCGGCGUUAUCCAAUUACAAAGUUGAAGUCGAACUGGGAUUUGACCAGGAACUCGGUGCAGCGGAAGCACAGCGUUGUCUGAACUGUGAUGUGCAGACAGUGUUUACCGACAAACUGUGUAUCGAGUGUGACGCUUGUGUCGACAUCUGUCCUAUGGAUUGCAUUACCUUUAUAGAAAAGGCGCCGGAGCAGGAACUUCGCCAGCGGCUCACUGCACCGGCACUGAAUAUGGAGCAGGAUUUAUAUCUGUCUGAUGAGUUACCCACGGGGAGGGUGAUGGUGAAAGACGAAGAUGUCUGUUUGCACUGCGGCCUGUGCGCGGAACGAUCCAGCGCAAACGGUAUGUUUGCCAAAGCACUGUUCCGCAUGGGCAUACCGGUUGCGACACGUAAUAUCUUCCCUUCGAAUAUCCAGGGGCUGCCGACCUGGUUUGAAGUCAGAGUCAGCGAAGCUGGUUAUAUGGGCCGUCGGGAAGGUGUCGACAUCAUGGUGCCGAUGAAUGCUGAGACCCUGGUGGAAGAUAUUGCUUCAGUCAAACCUGGCGGAUAUCUGGUUUACGACAACUCCAAGCCGCUGCCCAAACAUCUGCGACGGGAUGAUAUCCAUGAAGUGGGUAUUCCCAUUGCCACUAUGUUGUUGCCUGAAUUCAGCGAUCCGAAACAACGCAGCCUGUUUAAAAACAUCACUUAUCUCGGCGCGCUGGCCGGCUUGUUAAAUAUCGAGUUUGAUGUCAUCACCGGCAUGGUGGCGACGCAAUACAAAGGUAAAGACACACUCAUCGCACCCAACAUACGCGCGCUGGAAAUCGGCCGUCAGUAUGCUUACGACUACCUGGAGGCGCCGUUGCCGAUACAGGUACGCCGAUCCGACAAAGUUGGCGAUCGCAUCAUGGUUGACGGUAAUGCUGCUGCCGGCCUUGGAUCUAUCUAUGGCGGCGCCACAGUCUGUGCCUGGUACCCAAUCACACCGUCAACGUCGGUGGCAGAAGCUUUUGAGCAACAUGCCAAUCGUCUGCGCAUCGACGCUGAAACCGGACAGAAGAAAUUUGCCAUUAUUCAGGCCGAAGAUGAACUUGCAGCGAUCGGUAUUGUGAUUGGUGCUGCCUGGAAUGGCGCUCGAUCAUUCACCGCGACCAGCGGCCCGGGUGUUUCGCUGAUGUCCGAAUUCCUCGGGUUGGCGUACUUUGCUGAAAUUCCUGCAGUUUUAUGGGAUAUCCAACGUGCAGGGCCUUCCACAGGCAUGCCGACACGCACCCAGCAGAGCGACGUGUUGUCUGCCGCAUUUGCCUCUCAUGGCGACACCAAGCAUCCACUGCUGUUCCCCUCCACGCCGAAAGAAUGUUUUGAUUUUGCCGCGGAAGCAUUGGAUCUGGCCGACAGACUGCAGACACCUAUUAUCAUUCUGUCUGACCUUGAACUGGGCAUGAAUGACAACUUAAGCGAACCGUUUGUAUGGGACGAAAAUCGAAAUUACGAUCGCGGUAAAGUCCUCACUGCAGACGAUCUUGAUCAGUUGGAUGUGUUUGGUCGGUAUCUUGAUGUGGAUGGUGAUGGCAUCGGCUAUCGAACCUAUCCGGGCACGCAUCCGGACAAAGGUGCGUUUUUCACCCGCGGCACGUCGCGGGAUGAAUUUGCCGCGUAUACCGAAUCCCCUGAUGCGUACCAGCGCAAUAUGGAACGCUUGCUGAAAAAAUGGGAUACCGCAAAAACUCUGGUGCCAGCAGCGGAAAUCAGCACAGGCAAGAGCCGGGUAGGGGUGCUUUAUUACGGCACAACAGCACUGCCGAUGCCUGAGGCUCUGGAUCUGCUGCAACCCGAAGGCGUGGUUCUGGACACCUGCCGAAUCCGCGCCUUUCCAUUUGGCGAAGAGGUAACAUCGUUUAUCGACGAUCACGACGUGGUGUUUGUGGUUGAGCAGAACAGGGAUGCUCAGAUGCGCACCCUGUUGAUUACCGAAGGCGAUUUCUCGCCUGCUAAACUGGUGCGUGUGAACUACUAUGCCGGACUGUCAAUCUCGGCAGACUUUAUUCAACAAAACAUUCUGGAAUAUUUUCAGGAAAAUAAAUUACCGCGUUUAACUGAGGCACAUCACCCGAAUCUGCCGCUGAACGAAAUCGGCCUUACCCGGCGUGAUUAUGAAGGCUCGGUGUCUACCCUGUGCGCUGGGUGCGGGCACGAUUCGGUCAGCGCUGCGAUCGUACAGGCCUGUGCUGAGCUGUCGCUGCCGCCGCAUCGAUUUGCCAAAGUAUCAGGUAUCGGUUGUUCUUCCAAAACACCCAGCUAUUUUCUGAACAAAUCACACGGCCUUAAUUCAGUCCACGGUCGUAUGCCGUCGGUCAUGACAGGGUCAAAUCUUGCCAAUCGUGAGCUGUAUUGUGUUGGCGUAUCUGGUGAUGGAGACAGCGCCUCUAUUGGUCUUGGACAGUUUGCACACAUCGUGCGUCGUCGCAUCAAUAUGCUCUAUAUUGUUGAUAACAAUGGUACUUAUGGGCUCACUAAAGGCCAGUUUUCCGCCACCAAUGACAAAGGCUCCACAUCCAAAAAAGGUGCCCCGAACCUUUAUGAACCCAUAGACCUGGUCAGCAUGGCGUUGCAGCUGGGGGCAACCUUUGUGGCGCGCAGCUUCUCUGGCGACAAGCACCAGUUGGUGCCUUUGAUCAAGGCCGGUUUGCGCCACAAGGGCAUGGCGUUUAUCGACGUUAUUUCGCCUUGCGUGGCGUUUAACAACCACGCGGGAUCUACAAAAAGCUACGACCACGUGCGCUCGCAUAUGCAGAAUGUGGUGAAUGCGGAUUACAUCCCCGAACAUGAUGAAAUCACUGCUGACUACAAACCCGGCAGCAAAGAAGAUAUCAGCAUGCCGGAUGGAUCCACGCUGCGUCUUUACAAACUUGACGACCAGUAUGACCCUCACGACAGGGUUGGCGCGUUGAAUUAUGUGCAGCGCAGCGCCGAAACUGGAGACGUCGUCACAGGGCUGCUCUACGUAGAUCCAAAAGCAUCAGAUUGCCAUGAUGUUAUGGAUACGAUUCAGAGACCGUUGAAUCAGCUCAAUGAAGCGGAUUUGUGCCCCGGCCAAGCCUCACUGGAUGCAAUCAACGCAGGUUUCCGAUAA